UUUUUUAUUUACUUUAUUACAACACAAGCAAUUCAUGUAAUUUUUUUAUUAAAUGUACACACUUAGUUUAGGUUUACUAAACGAAAUACAAAAUAAUAUUACUAAUACGGUUUAAAUUAAUUUUCUUGUAACUGUUUUACCAAUAAUUUUUAAUUACAUUUUUUAGACUCAGAACGAUGAACACUGAACAAGUAUCAAAAGAAAUAAAAGUUAGACUAAAUAAAGUUUGCAAUCUUUUAAAGGAAAUCGAAGACAUUUUAUGCAAAGUUAAUAAUGACGUUCAAUCAUCAGAAUGUAACUAUUCAUGCAAUUGUGUUUGUGGAAAACAAUCGAUUCCUGAAAUAAUAGAAACACUAUCCAAUCAUUGCAAAGAUGACGAUAGUAGAAAAUGCGAGAAAAUGCCACAAUUGCACGUGACGUGUUCUGAAAAACGUGCAAAAUGUAAAGACUUAGGGAGAGAAAAAAUGUCUUCUGAUGUCAAUGACAUCAGUCAAUGCUGUCGGAGAAAUAAUAAACAAAAUCAUGAAAAAAAUAACACAAACGAUUUAUGUUGCAAUAUAUCAAACAAGCAAUUUGAUAAUAAUACACAAUAUAAUGAAUGUACGCAUAAAAAGUUUAGAAACAGAAUAAAAGAUAUUAAUCAAAAGGUCAUGUUAUAUUUUGACGAAAAGAAUAAAAAUAAACCUAACACACCAAUUGAAUCAACAAUUAAAUCGAAAAAGACAUCACGGUUCUGUAGUAGUUCGUAAGGAUUUCAAUGUAACAGGAAAUAUCCAACCAAAAGUGUGGUGAGUUUUUACCGCGGCGAAUAGACGACAAGAUGACACCUCUAACGAACAAUUCGGUACGGUUAAAUUACUAAAAACGAUGUAAUCGGCUCCGAGGGACCUACAUCCCACUUGAGUGAUCACUAUACGAAAAUCCGGUCAAUGCGGUAUAAUAUGUCACCAACAUCCAACCAACAAACCAGCCAAACUGUCAAACACCAUCGAGACAGUGACACAGCUGUAGUGUGCCUAUAACCAUUAUAUAUGCGAUCGAUUUGUAUGUUAUGGUUCCACGCAGGCAAUAUAAUUAUCCAAGUGAAACAAAUAGCAUUUGUCAUAGUUAAUGAAACCACUUGUUCGACCCGUUCGUACAGGACAUGAUAAAUCGGCAUUCUAAUGUAUCCGUUGUGAAUAGGUAUAGCUAUUAUAGUAACAGACUCGCGAUCAGGAUCUAUGCCGGAAUAAAAAUUUUAUGAAUUAUACGGACAGACGAUAAUAUUAACCAGGAUUCAAUAUGGAGACCUGAACGAUUGUUUUAAAAUUGUGUUAAAUAUACAGUGUAGACCUGUGUAGUA